AUGAUCUCAAUUCCAUCGGAGCAACCUCCAUUGGCCACUCCAGCUCCGCCUUCAGGAAGCUAUAGCGAGAUGCCGAUGAACUUCUAUCAGGUCCCUUUCUCAUCUCAGGCCAUCUUCUCUACACUCAACGGACUGCUCCCAAAACGCACACUUGAAAAAUCACUCCCUCCCCCCAUCGUCCGAUCAAACUUCAAUUCAGAUGUCAUCCAGAAAGCUGAGAUUCUCAGAGAGAAGUUUCCCACCAUCGCACGGUCGAUGACUACCCCUACUAAAUGGGAGGAUCUCUAUCAAUUCUUUGAUGGCUAUGACCUCUAUGCUGACGGCGCAGUGUUUUGUUUCUACGUUAUAUCCGAAAUUUCGAGGAAGAACCAGUAUCUGGCAGCUUCCUUUGCGAAUGAGAUUUUCAAAUAUGCCGCAGAAUGGAUUAGCUAUCACAAGGAGCAAGUCUUACGCAGCCCUCCAGCCCAAGACCUCAUUGAUCUCUUUCUACCAGAGGAGUUGGAAGGCUUGGAUACCAUGACCAGGGAUGAGAUUCAGUCGUUGGGAGUUGCCUUGGAGCAGCAUCGCCGUAUACUGCUUGAGGACACCUUCCGACCACGCCGCGUACAACCAUUGUAUCCGGUUCUCGAAUGCUCUCCCGAUAUGGCCGCCAGCUAUCUACCUCCAAGUCCGAUGUUUGGCCACCAGCAAGGCAUCUAUCAUGGUUCCAAUGGCUCUCAUGGUACCAAGGCCUCUCUGGCACCUAUCUUGUCUCCUGUCGCUUCUGACGAACUACAUCCGUCUCAUCCGCGUUCCCCAGCAUAUAACACUUCACUUCAGAAUCAACACCAGCUAGGUGGGGCUAUCAGUCACUCAUCGAACCAAAAUAGAGGGGGGUGCAACAACAUUGGAAAUUUUCAAGGGCCGAAUAGACCCCGAGGGAUCUCGCUGAAUAAUGGAAAUUUUCAGGCGCCGAAUAGACCUCGUUGGCCCUCUUUGAGUAAUGGGAAUAUCCGCGCACCGAACAGGCCUCGAGGAAUGUCCGACAUCCCUCGUAGCGGUUCCGGGUUAUCGAAGUCUAAUUUCUUCCCUGCCUCGCAGAGUGGACGAAGAACAGUGUCUAAUACCGCGCGCCCGAGUCCGUCAAAAUCACCGAAGAGUGAGGAACCUAUUUGGGUCCAUACCGGACAUUCCCAAAUCUCGUCGUCUGGAGACCGGUUUUCGCGCCGCAUUAGUUCAUGCUCUAGUAGCUCUAAAUUUCGAAAUAUAUUCAACGAUGCUAGAGUUCUAGAGUCUAUGGAUACGCAAGGAAGACGCUCGUUUGCGCCAUCUUCUUCGAAGGUCACAGCCACAGUGGGGGGCCCCCGUGAACCUCAACACUCCGAGGACUCAUUGGUACCGUUAGAUAUCCCAUUCGCAAAUGAUCCCAGAGCUCGCAUUUCCUAUAAAGGUACAUCAACAUACUUCUACACUGGCGAUACAAAAUAUCCGAACUUUGACGAACAAUACCCCCGGACAGUAUACGUUGGGAACGUAACCCGCGAAGCAUUCGUCUCGCAUGAAUUGCAUCGAGUGAUGGAGCGAUGUGGAGAGGUUGAGUCAAUUACUUACUUGAACCGGAAUCCGCCUAGCAAAACUGCAUUCGUUGCGUACUCACAAUUGGAAUCUGUGAACAAUGCUAUUUGGCGUUUGCAUGGAUUCCGAAUGGAAUCGGGAGAUGUGCUUAUAGUCAGUCCCUCGCGUCCGAGAAAGAGAGAGCGCGCGGAUAGUCAGUUCAGUCAACGGAGCUAUGGAUCCAGUCGCUCAAUCCACCCCCCACGGGAGUUUGAUGCAUAUCGCCCACCUCCCCGUCGCCACACAGGCCAGAAUCAACCUCUAUCUUACGCUCAAUCUAGUGGCCGAAAUUUCUCUCCGCCGGCCAUCACGAACUGGGCCACAGAUGCUUCACCAUCGACGGAUGUCGGAAUUGCGAUACCAGCGAUGUCGGCUAUGUCUGAAUUUGCACAGCAUCAGGCCGCCCUGAAUCGUCUUACAUCGCAGUUGCCGCUAAAUUCUGUUCAGAACCUCCCAACUUCUCCCAAGAAGCCCAAUGGUCAAGGGCGGUGGAUGCAGCCAUGCGCCCCAAAAUCACCCAGUAAGUCGGAGAACCGGAGCUCUAGGGUAGGAACAUAUGCCUCCCAUACGCCGUCAAUCAAAGGGAAUUCUCCAAACAAGAGACCUCAGAAGUCAGUUGCGAAUAAUGAAAUCGAAAAGAAUCCUCAAAAUGCGGUAGGAUGGAGGAUCAAGGGACGGGCAUCUAAGCAGAACACGUCAGCCCGACCUACGCCAGCCGCGAGCCCUGUAAGAUCUCGAUCAAUGAUGAACCUAGAUGAGCCGAGAGGCCAACCAGGCGACGUACACCCAUCUAACGUCAAACUCGGAUUGGCCGCCACUCUCGAGCCUGUUAAACUUAAACUGAUGAAGUCCGAACCAUCUCAGUCCAACACCGUGCUGCGGGAACAAGAACCCAAACAAAAAGGACGGAAGGCCCUACCAAAGAAAAAGCACUCAGUGCCCGCUGCUACUGGUGGGAAUUCAUCGUUCUCGGCGACUACUUCUUCAGCUGUGACUGAAACUUUUGGCCGCUCCAAAUCACCUAAUUGUACUCCCUCUCCAGUGGACGAGUUGGUUUCUGCCAAAAGUAUGACCUCCCUUAAUACCUUAUUGUCCAACCAAGAGUCUACUAUCACCACGGCAAAAUCAGAUACCAACUUAUAUUCGACGGCUACUAAGCUUGCAAACCGGAAUUUAAAGUCUGAUAUUCACGCAAAUCCUCCAUAUCAACAGAAGUCUAGGCAGAGCACUGCGGCUAAGCGACAACGAAAGGGUAAUAACAAGGAAUAUAGGGGGAAUCAAAAGACAAAUAUAUUAGCUAAAGAGAGCGAGUCAUACCUAGAUAUGCAAACCCAAAAGGACCAUGGCCAGAAGAGUGACCAUAAAACUAGCCGCAAAUCUAGUACGCCGGUUCAGUCCAAAGACAACAACGAAAAUAAUACCUCAGCGAAGGCUAUCUCAGGCAACCAGACUCGGCUGGAUGACACUAAUGAGAGGAUGCUGGCUGGGGCAAGUUAUCCUCCGAGCAAUAUCCCCAUCACGAUCAGCAGCUCGAAUCAAAAGCAUUCGCCAAAGCAGCAUGGUCAAGAUGACCUCUCAAAUAAUCAGACUGGCGGUCUUCAAAAUGGAAUGUCUAAGAAUGGUGGUAAUUUCCUACCCCAAAGCCACAGCAAAAAAGCUAGCAGUAGCUCAUCGAUAAGCAAUGGGUCUCUUCGGAAAUCGGAUGUGAAAUCCGGGAUAGGUUCCAACGCAGCUCCCAACGUAGCUUCCGACAAAGUAUCUAACACCCCUCAACGAUCUCAACAGGAAGUCGCCAUUUCCAAACAACCUCAACCGGCAAUCCCUCAUGAAACUGAUAUUAGUGAUCCCAAGAAAUGGCCAGCCCUCGGUCCGGUUGUCUGCCCCCUAAAGAAUUCGGUUGUUGAAGGCAAGCGUCUACCUCCAAAUGCCUGGACGCGUUCGAUAGCACCUCGACGGGCCCAUAGCGGACCAAUCAUCCCCGCUGUUCCAUUGCUUAAGAACAUCCGCCCACAGCCGUAA